AUGUCUGCCGCUUUUAGAUCUGUUGCGCCGUUCCUGCGGACUGCGCGACACGGCUUGCGCAAUGGCCGUGUCAACCCCCUUCAGUCAGCCAUGAAGCCCCAAGCUGCCUCUGGCAUGCUCAACAUUUACCGCUCAUACGCCGUCUUUGAGCGAAGCAAGCCCCAUGUCAACAUUGGUACAAUUGGUCACGUCGAUCACGGAAAGCGACAGGCCGAGAAGGGUUUGGCCAACUUCCUCGAGUAUGGUGCCAUUGACAAGGCCCCUGAGGAGCGAAAGCGAGGUAUCACCAUUUCUACUGCUCACAUCGAGUACGCUACCGAGAACCGCCACUACUCCCACGUCGACUGCCCUGGUCACGCCGAUUACAUCAAGAACAUGAUUACUGGUGCCGCCAACAUGGAUGGUGCCAUUAUUGUCGUCGCUGCCUCCGAUGGUCAGAUGCCCCAGACUCGAGAGCACUUGCUGCUCGCCCGACAGGUCGGUGUACAGAAGAUUGUUGUUUUCGUCAACAAGGUUGACACCAUUGACGACCCCGAAAUGUUGGAACUUGUCGAGAUGGAGAUGCGUGAGCUUCUCAGCACUUAUGGUUUCGAGGGCGACGACACCCCCGUCAUCAUGGGCUCUGCUCUCUGUGCCCUGAACAACCAGAAGCCCGAGAUUGGCAACAACAAGAUUGACGAGCUCAUGGCUGCUGUUGACGAGUGGAUCCCCACCCCUGAGCGUAGCCUGGACAAGCCUUUCCUCAUGUCUGUUGAGGAUGUCUUCUCCAUCUCUGGCCGUGGUACCGUUGUCUCUGGCCGAGUCGAGCGUGGCAUCUUGAAGCGUGACGAGGAAAUCGAGCUUGUCGGUAAAGGCAAGGAGAUCAUCAAGACCAAGGUUACCGAUAUCGAGACUUUCAAGAAGUCUUGCGACCAGUCUCAGGCCGGUGACAACUCUGGUCUUCUCAUCCGUGGUGUCCGCCGUGAGGAUGUCCGCCGUGGUAUGGUUGUCUGCAAGCCUGGCACCGUCAAGUCGCACACCCAGUUCCUCGCCUCUCUCUACGUCCUCACCAAGGAGGAAGGUGGCCGUCACACUGGAUUCCACGAGCACUACCGCCCCCAGCUCUUCCUUCGAACUUCCGAUGAGUCUGUCGACUUGACUUUCCCUGAAGGUACUGAGGACGCCAAUGGCAAGAUGGUUAUGCCUGGUGACAACGUCGAGAUGGUUGUGACCUUGACCAACCCUAACGCUAUUGAGGUUGGCCAGCGAUUCAACAUCCGUGAGGGUGGCAAGACUGUUGCCACUGGUCUGUGCACUCGCAUCAUGAAGUAA